UCUCAUUCCAGCCCGGCUAGAGCAAGCCCUGAGGCCAGAGCCAGCUCUGAGGCCAGAUCCACUGAGCCCAACUUGCACCUGCAUCCACACCUCCCCGAUUGCCCCCUCCCUACCCUGAGCUUGCCCUUUCUGAAGCCAUCAUGUCCGUGACCAAGACUGCUGGGAGUCCCCAGGUAGCCACCACUGUCAAGCUGGACCUCGUGUCGUCUCCUGAGAGUACCAAGAAGGUGGAGAGCCAGGAUCCUAGUCUCAUGAAUGGGAGCUCUUCAGAGACAUCGAAGAAGACCAAGGGCAUAACAGGGUUCCAGACAUUGGUUCAUCUGGUCAAAGGCAACAUGGGCACGGGGAUCCUGGGGCUCCCCCUGGCUGUGAAGAACGCAGGCAUCUUGAUGGGCCCGCUCAGUUUGCUGGUGAUGGGCCUCAUCGCCUGCCACUGUAUGCACAUCCUGGUCAAGUGUGCCCAGCACUUCUGCCGCAGACUCAACAAGCCCUUCAUGGACUAUGGGGACACAGUGAUGCACGGCCUGGAAGCCAGUCCCAACGCCUGGCUGCAAAACCAUGCCCACUGGGGGAGGCACAUCGUGAGUUUCUUCCUCAUUGUCACCCAGCUGGGCUUCUGCUGUGUGUACAUUGUGUUUUUGGCGGACAAUUUAAAACAGGUAGUAGAAGCUGUUAAUGGCACAACCAUCAGCUGCCACUACAACGAGACCCUAGUUCUGACGCCCACCAUGGACUCACGACUCUACAUGCUCUCCUUCCUGCCCGUUCUGGGCCUUCUGGUCUUCAUUCGGAACCUCCGUGUCCUCACCAUCUUCUCUCUGUUGGCCAACAUCAGCAUGCUGGUCAGCCUGAUCAUCAUUGCCCAGUACAUCGUCCAGGGAAUUCCAGACCCCAGCCAGUUGCCACUGGUAGCAAGCUGGAAGACCUACCCUCUCUUCUUUGGAACAGCCAUUUUCUCAUUUGAAAGCAUCGGCGUGGUCCUGCCUCUGGAAAACAAGAUGAAGGAUGCCCGCCGCUUCCCAACCAUUCUGUCUCUGGGGAUGUCCAUCGUCACCACCCUGUACAUUGCCAUCGGGGCCUUGGGCUACCUGCGGUUUGGAGAUGACAUCAAAGCCAGCAUCACUCUUAACCUGCCCAACUGCUGGCUGUACCAGUCAGUCAAGCUCCUGUAUGUUGUCGGCAUCCUGUGCACCUACGCCCUGCAGUUCUACGUCCCGGCGGAAAUCAUCAUCCCCCUUGCUGUCUCCCAGGUGUCAAAGCGCUGGGCACUGCCUGUGGAUCUGUCCAUCCGAAUCGCCAUGGUCUGCCUCACAUGCAUGCUGGCCAUCCUCAUCCCACGCCUGGACCUGGUCCUCUCCCUGGUGGGCUCCGUGAGCAGCAGCGCCCUGGCCCUCAUCAUCCCGCCCCUGCUGGAGGUGACCACCUACUAUGGGGAGGGCUUGAGCCCCCUGACCAUCAUCAAGGAUGCCCUCAUCAGCAUCCUGGGCUUCAUGGGCUUCGUGGUGGGGACCUACCAGGCCCUGGAUGAGCUGAUUGAGUCGGGGAACUCUCUCCCCAUGUCCAACGCCACUGUGCUUGUUCAAUGACAGAGCCUCCCCUCACCCACGGUGACGUACAUUGUCUAUCGUUUUACUUCCCCUUGUCUCUGGUCCACGACGUGAAAAAACAGGACUCACCAGAUACAAAGUGUAGCUGGUCAUUUAAAAAAAAAAA